AUGAUUCGUAUUGACUUUCGACACAAUUCGGCGAUUGAUGGACACUUACGAGUGCUGUUUAUCCAAGCUGAACAUGUUCGACAAAUCGAAGUCGCAGAAAAAUCUUGGAGUAUCCGUGUGGCCGACACAGAAUCUCAACAGGUCUCGGAUGACACAACAGUGAUAAGCGAGAGUGCGAAGCUGGUCGAUUCUUUUCUAGGCAUCUUUCAGGCGACGUCAGACAUCUCUGAAUCCCAGGCUCUUGCGGCCGCUUUACUAGUGCCGCAGAAGAGCGGGUUCGUGGGCCAUUCGGAGGUGUUCACACAACGUCUAGCUGGAUGCCAGCUAUUCAGCCACAUCCGCAGCUUUCUCGAGCCUCUCGCAGAAGUAAAAGCCGUUAAGCUUGUCGAUGGCUCUUCUUUCCCGACCCUUCAACAGGCUAUCUCCGCCAGUGUUGGUGUCGUUGCGACAGAAGCCGCAUUGCUAGCAAGUAACCCAACACAGGUGAUUGACGAACUUCGUCGUCGAUUAACACUUCAAUGGUGCUUCUCGGAGCCGCUGGCUCGCAAGCGUGUCAUCGUCAUAGUGGGCUACGAGAACUUGGAUGCAACCAAAAGACGUUGGUCCGCAUUAGCAGCGCUCGGCAUUGCAGUGGUCAUUCUGAGCACUGGUAAUUGGUGGGAUGACAACCAUGGGAAAUAUCACGAGCUCCGGGAGCAGUUCAUUCCCUUCGAUAUGACGCCAGACGAGGGACUGUCGAAACGAAUAGUCGAUGCCAUACGCGCGUACCCACUGCCUGUGGAUGGAUUGUAUGCCCCUUCGAACGACCCCCUACUCUUACCAGCGGCGAGAGCUGCUGAAGAGCUAGGCCUGUGGACGUUGAGCUCGAAAGCUCUCACGAUCUCAACAAAUAAAUACUUGACCAGCCAGCUCUUCGAAUCGACCGCGUCUCGAGUAUGCAUCGUCAGGACAGUGGCUGAAUUGGAACUGCGGAUCGAUGGGCUCAGUUUCCCUGUGAUUGGGAAGCCAUCCUGUGGACGCUUCAGUGAAGGUGUUUUUAGGGCUGACACUAGCACUCAACUUCGUGAAAAGGCAUCCCGAACUUUGAACGAUUUUGAUGCUACCAACGGCUUAUUGAUCGAGCCAUUCUGUGAUGGACCGGAGGUUGAUGCGAACCUCAUACUUCUUCAAGGUGAGCUGUUGUACUCCGAAGUCGUAGACGACUUCCCAAGCCCUGGAGAUCUGCUAUCCGGCGAUGCAGCGGGGUCUUUCAUGGAUACACAGGCCGUCAUCCCAUCACGCCUACCCUCGGCGGAGCAGAGUGCCAUCAUCGACACUAUGAGGGUCGUCAUCGCAAAGCAGGGUUUCCAUACUGGAGUGUUUCAUUGCGAAGCUCGAAUGCAAGGCUCAUCGAUGGCAUAUGUGCUUAAGCCUGAUUCCGUUGUGCCGGAUCUCGAAUACGUCAAGCAAAAGUCGACUGCGUCACCGGAGGUUUUCCUCCACGAGGUCAAUGCCAGGGCUCCUGGCUUCAUGAGUAGUGCCAUUAGCUAUUUCGCCCAGGGCAUUGAUUUCUGGGCGCUUUCCGUAUUGUGCACCAUCAACGACUGGACUCGUUUCAAGGCUUUAGCUCAACCUUUCUUGCCCAAGCCGCAGCAUGAGCACGCCAUUCUCGAUGUAGUUGUCAUUCCCGUACGACCUACGCUUCUUCGAAGAACCUUUCCUCAGCGCAGCGGCGACAAUUGGCAUUACGCAGUGAUCGAUUCCCAAAAUGACCCGCUUCCAGCACUCUUGAAGAAAAAUCCUGAUCUGGCGCCCUGUGUGAUGCAGAACUACGCUUACGUAUUCAGCUCGAAACCUUUUGGAUCUCGCGAAGAUACUUGGGAUUGGACGGCGUGUGUUGUGGUCAAGUCCUCUAAGAGCCGUGACCAUGCCAUCGAGACAUCUUCGCGUUUGCUCGGCCUGUACAAAUCACAUGUUUUAGAGCAAGACCAAAAGGCUGCGCAGUAGACUAGGUCAUAGCAAAUUCAUGUUGGCGAGUACUUUCAUCGAAGUGCCUAGAUAAGCGUGACAUAUGAAUGACAC